UUUCCAGUGGCUAAGAGUACGCCCAAACGACCGACAGGAGGAUCACGCAAAUUACUUGUAAAUAUCUGUUCUCCGACCAACAUCACACACCCCUAGCCGACGUUGCACAGUAUGGCGGGUCCUCCUUCGGAACAAGCGCGUCGACAGGCCAAUUUACGUCUGUUACAGCGCACCUGCUCGAACGAGAUUGUCUCCAUCGAAAACACGGCUACGCACGUUGUACUGUACGAAUUCUCGGACAAUGCGUGGCGAAAAUGCGACGUGGAAGGAUCCCUAUUUCUCGUCGUUACCAAGCAAUCCAGCGAUCCCUAUCAAGCUAUAGUUUUGAACCGCAACUCUGCCGAAAACUUUAUCAUGUCCAUUACGCCCGUGAUGCAAUUGCAGCACCAGGAUCCCUACUUGAUUAUUAAACAGCCUGUCGAGGAUACGACGUGUAUACGGGGUAUUUGGUUCCACUCUGCCGACGAGCGCAUCGCCAUGAAUGAGGCCUUACAAAUGACCAUUGAACGCGUGAAAAAGGGGCACGUACCACUGGCGACUUUGGGAAUCAGUACCACAUCGGAGAGUAACGGUACGGCGACAACGACUGCGGCAGCGCCCCGAGCGGCAUCCGCUGACGAAGCGACCGCCAUGGCGUCAGUCUUGUCCGUUGCCGCGGCCGAAGCAACGAAUUCUACGUCUACAUCGCACGCUAGUCCGCCAACUGGAGUUGCCUUGGAUAAAAAGUCGCUCCAGCUUGCUUUGCUAUCGCUGGUCCAAGACGAUCGAUUUCUGGAUUUGCUCCAUUCACAGUAUCUAAGAGUGGUACACGCCCGUUCGAAAAAGUAAACGCCAACCUAGCCAUAUCGUG